AAUAAAUACUUGAGUGUUUUUUCAUAUUGCGCUUCUCGAGAGAGGGCACUGUCUGGAUCGUGUUUCAUCAAUUCAUUGACGCAACACACACAGUUUUUCGUUUUCUUCGCCAAUCAAAUCUGCACCCAAUUCUCCCACUCAUGUUUCACUCAAUUGCUUUACAUUAGAUCCAGUUGUACUAUGUAAUACAGAACCCAAGAAGCUGCAUACAAUACACACACACACACAUAAAAUAUUGUGUUUUUGCAGAUCUUUAUGAAUAUAUAUUGAUUGAGUUUCUAGAGUGAGAGCAUCAUGGGAUCUGUUUCUGCUGCAUCCCAGAGUAAUCAUGUCACAGAUUCAGGACUUCAUGAGAAGCAUAAGCAGGAACUAGAAAAUUUAACACUUACAACACAGCCUUUAAAAACCAUAAAAUUUUUCAUUCUGGCUAUUAUUCAGUAUCUAAAAAAAGUAAUACUCUAUCUGUUGGGACAUGGAGCUUGGCUUACAUUUCUGAGUAGUUUCCUGGUUCUAGGUGCGGCACUGUUGAUGAACACUAAUGGCCCUCAUGAAAAGCAUUUCGAGGAGAUAAUCCAGUAUCUGGAGUUUGGGCUGUGGUGGGUGGCCCUUGGUGUUGCAUCUUCAAUUGGUCUUGGAUCUGGACUACAUACUUUUGUCUUGUAUUUAGGUCCUCAUGUAGCCUUUUUUACGAUAAAAGCAAUGCAAUGUGGCCGGGUGGACAUUAAAAGUGCUCCAUAUGAUACAAUACAAUUGAAUAGAGGGCCUUCAUGGCUUAGGAAGAAUUGCUCUGAAUUUGGUCCUCCUGUUUUUACGUCCUCAGAGGGUUUGCGGGUUCCACUUAGCAGUAUACUGCCGCAGGUUCAGUUAGAGGCUGUUUUGUGGGGUUUGGGAACUGCACUAGGAGAGCUACCUCCAUACUUUAUUUCAAGAGCAGCAAGCUUAUCUGGCGGCACACUGGAUAUGGAAGAAUUGGAUACAUCAUCUUCUGAAGAUGAAGGGCAGAUAGCUUCGCUUUUGAAUCGACUCAAGCGUUGGUUCCUGUCACAUGCUCAAUAUCUAAACUUCUUUACCAUUCUAUUGCUUGCAUCGGUGCCAAAUCCUUUGUUUGACCUUGCUGGCAUAAUGUGUGGACAGUUUGGCAUUCCUUUUUGGGAGUUUUUUCUCGCAACAAUGAUUGGAAAAGCAAUUAUUAAAACACACAUACAGACUGUGUUCAUCAUAUCAGUCUGCAACAAUCAGCUAUUGGACUGGAUAGAGAACGAGUUAAUUUGGGUUCUUAGCCAUAUACCUGGUUUUGAUUCCAUUCUCCCCGACCUUGUUGUAAAACUGCAUGCAAUGAAAGAGAAAUAUAUGACAUCACCGCCGCCAGUGAACACAAAUGUUAAGGUGAACAAGUGGGAGUUGUCGUUAGCUUCAAUUUGGAACGCUGUUGUGUGGUUAAUGCUCAUGAACUUUCUUGUAAAGAUUGUCACUUCAACUGCCCAAAGAUAUCUUAAAAAGCAGCAGGAGAAAGAGUUGGCUGCUGUCGCAAAUCAGGAACCACCUGCAGCAGACACCUCAAACAAUACCGAUCAUUAGUUCUAGGUAGAGCUGCUAAGUAAGUCCCAUUUUUAUUUUUACUUAGUAGUUGCAGUUAGGAAUUUGUGACCUCAGCGCUAUAGAGAGUCACAAUUAAAGGCCAAAAGAGCUUUCGCAGCAACAAAAGUACAUGAAAAUAUUGUAAAGGAGCAUAUAUUGCUAAUUAAGUUGCAAUGUAAUGUUGCGAAAGCAUCUUGCAGGUGUUAGGAGAGGGAUUACUGUUGUCAUUGUUAUAUGUAUUGGGAUGAAAAGUUGAGGACCUCAUUAUUCUUUGUCAAUGCAGAGACAAGUACAAUGCUAUGCUUUUUUUUA